AUGAAUACAGUUCCAGAAAUUCUACAUGACAUAAGGCAACUAUCAGAGAAAUAUAGCACUAAAGAUACUUCACAGUGGUUGACAAAGUGCUUGGAAUUUAACUUAACAAAGGGCAAAAAGAAUCGUGGAUUUUUAGUAGUGCAGACGUUUAAAGAACUUGGAAGAACGAAUACGAACGUAUCAGCGGAAAAUAUUCGUUUAUCAUAUAUAUUGGGAUGGAUUACAGAGAUUAUGCAGUACUCCAUUUUAAUGGCUGAUGACAUCAUAGAUAAUAGUUCUACACGAAGAGGGCAAAUAUGCUGGCAUAAUCUAAACGAAGUUGGACUAAUGGCCAUAAAUGAUUUUGUUAUGGUCCACAGCUCUGUUUAUGCUUUACUUCAAAAAUAUUUCAAAACUUCCAGUUGCUAUUUUCAUUUAUUUGAACUCUAUAAGGAAACAAUGAUGAUCAUGGCUAGUGGCGCAUCUUUAGAGUUGCUAAUUUCCAAAGGAAGCGUUGAGUCGUUUUCCCGUUCGCUAUAUGAAACUAUAGUAACAAAUAAAACAGCGACUACUCUCUAUUUUCCCUUUGCCUUGGCCAUGCACUUGGCAGACGUUACCAAUCCAGAGGCUUUUCGCCAGGUUAAAAUAAUUUCAAUGGAAAUGGGACGUUACUUUCAAGUACAAGAUGACUAUUUGGAUUGUUUUGGUGAUCCUAAAAUUACGGGCAAAAUUGGUACUGACAUAGAGGAAAACAAGUGCUCCUGGUUGGCCGUAGAGUGUAUGAAUCGUGCCAAUAAUGAACAAAAGCUAACAAUGCUUGAAUGUUAUGGAAAAUAUGAUCCUAAAAUGAUACAGCGUGUCAAAAAUCUAUACAAAUCUCUCGAACUACCGAAAUUGUAUACAAACUAUGAGGAAAUUAUUCAUACAAAAAUAAAGCGACUUAUAUCGAAUCAAACAUCGAAUGACGUUCCCUGCAAUACUUUAUUACUUAUGCUGGACAACAUGUAUCAGCGGACUCAUUAAACAUUUCCGGAACGACAGUCAAAGCUGCAUCAGAUAUCUAACGACAUCAUGCGAUGACAGACAGUAUCGAGGAGCUCGUACUUUGCAAACACUAUAAAUGGUGGAGCGCAUAUUUUACUUGUUAGUCUUUAUUAAAACAAACUGAAGUCUUAAGAUAACUGAAGCUGUA